AACCCUAUUAAGUACAUCUUUUUAGUGAGAGAAACAGUGCGUUAAAACUCUCUUAAUACCCAUUUUCUCUACUUUCUCUCUCUAAAAAAAAAAUAAAAAAAUCUCUUAGCCUAAUCUUUACAAAUCGAUUCAAUUUUCAAUGGCUAAUAGCAAUCUUCCUCGUAGAAUUAUUAAGGAAACUCAACGUCUUCUAAGCGAACCUGCACCAGGAAUAAGUGCUUCUCCCUCAGAAGAAAAUAUGCGAUAUUUUAAUGUCAUGAUUCUUGGUCCAACACAGUCUCCUUAUGAAGGAGGUGUUUUCAAACUGGAACUCUUUUUGCCUGAAGAGUACCCAAUGGCUGCGCCAAAGGUUCGAUUCCUCACCAAAAUCUACCAUCCGAACAUUGAUAAGCUUGGAAGGAUAUGCCUUGAUAUUCUCAAGGACAAGUGGAGUCCUGCUCUUCAGAUUCGUACCGUUCUUUUGAGCAUUCAAGCACUUUUGAGUGCUCCAAAUCCAGAUGAUCCACUCUCCGAGAACAUCGCAAAACACUGGAAGUCAAACGAGGCUGAAGCUGUUGAAACGGCUAAAGAAUGGACACGCCUUUAUGCGAGUGGUGCCUGAAGGCAUGAUUAGUGAUUUUGAUAAAGGAAAAAUUUGUGGAAUGUAUUUAUCCACUGUUUAAUCAGAAUGGGACUUGGGAAGACUGAAAACUGAACGCUUCGAAUUAAUCUAUAAUUGUUUCCCUGUC